UAGGAAAAAGCAGCUGCUGCCAUUAAUGCAAUUUGGUUCUUCUUCUUCCAUCUCUAAAACUUUUUUCCUUCUCUUCUUCUUCUUGCAGAUCUGUCCGUCUGUGGGUCCAUUCAGACAGCUAUUACUUGAGAGCUGCUUUCGUCCCCACACACUUUCAAGCUCAUUCAUGGCUUCUCUACUCUCCACCCUUUUCUCUCUCUCUCUCUCUAUCUCCCCAUCUUCUCAAUUCCUUCACUCACUCAACCACUACCAUUCCUCUAAUCCCAUUUUUGAUGCUUCUUAACCCCUUUCCCCUCUUUUUCCCUCUUAUCCUCUUCAUACCCACUUCCAAUUUCUCUUCCUCUUCUCUACCUUCUUCUUUCCAACUCUUAAAAACUCGGAAUUCAACAUUUUCAAAUGGAAGACAGGUUGUUUCUUAAGCUGGCUUUCAAUGCUUUUCUUCUCCAGCUGUUACUGCUUCUUCUACAUUUCCAUGAAACUAGCUGCCUCCCAUCAACUUAUCCAACACAGCAUCUGUCAAAUGAGAAACCAAUGGAUGAUAUGUAUCCUGAGAUUGCUCCGAGUGGGAAUCCAAAGCCAUUCCUUCCUUUCCUUGCCCCUUCUCCAUUGGUACCCUUCACAAAUACCACCGUCCCAAAGUUAUCAGGACAAUGUUUAUUGAACUUUUCUGCAACUGAAACUUUGAUGAGUAUGACUGCUAUAGAUUGUUGGGCCCCUUUUGCAAAACAGAUGGCCAACGUUAUUUGUUGUCCACAGUUGGAAGCUACUCUUGCAAUCCUUAUUGGUCAGUCCAGUAAAGAUACUAGUGUUCUUGCUUUAAAUGGGACGCUUGCCAAAUAUUGCCUCUCAGAUAUUGAGCAGAUUUUGGUGGGGCAGGGUGCAAGCGAACGUCUUAGACACAUAUGCACAGUGCAUCCAGCUAAUCUCACUGAAGGAUCUUGUCCAGCCAAAGAUAUUAGUGAAUUUGAGACCACGGUUGAUACUUCUAAGUUGCUUGCUGCGUGUAAUAAAAUUGAUCCUGUGAAAGAAUGUUGCAAUGCAAUCUGUCAGAAUGCCAUUUCAGAAGCUGCUACAAAGAUAGCAAUGAUAUCCACUGAUUUCUUGGGUAUGCCUGGAUCUCAAGUCUUGCCUGAACAGUCAACUAGGGUUCGUGAUUGUAAAACUAUUGUCCUCAGAUGGCUAGCAAGCAAACUUCACCCUGCUAAUGCCAAGGAGGUUCUUAGAGUACUCUCCAAUUGCAAUGUUAAUAAAGUUUGUCCACUGGAAUUCCCCGACAUGAAAUAUGUUGCCGAUGCUUGUGGGAAUGCAAUCUCUAACAAGACUGCAUGCUGCCUGGCCAUGGAAGGCUAUGUAACACAUCUGCAAAAGCAGAGCCUUGUUACCAACCUGCAAGCUUUGGAUUGUGCUACAGCAUUGGAAAUGAAAUUACGAAAGUCAAAUAUUACCAAGGAUGUGUAUGGCCUAUGCCAUAUAAGCCUUAAGGAUUUCUCCCUUCAAGUUGGAAAUCAAGAGUUUGGAUGCCUUCUACCAAGCCUUCCGUCAGAUGCCAUAUUUGAUCCAUCUUCAGGUAUCAGCUUUGUUUGUGAUCUAAAUGACCAUAUUCCAGCUCCAUGGUCUUCUACAUCCCAAAUGACGGCAUCAUCUUGCAAUAAGACUAUCAAAAUUCCUGCACUUCCUGCAGCAGCAUCUGGUCAAACUGGUACAAAGUCUUCGACUAUCUUGAAAAGUAGUUUAUUUCAUAAUUUCUUUUUCUUCCCCCCAUUUUACGAUAUUUAUUUUCUUGAGCCUAUCUGUUGUUUAUAAGCUCGUCUAGGUUCUAUGAAACCUACUGUUAUACCACAUAACUUCUAUGAAUAAUAAUCCCACCCACCAAACACAACUUAUACAAUUUUGAAUUGCUUUAAUUCAUUUUUGACACAAUUAUUCCACAAACACAGAUUACAGAAAUGCAGAUUUUGCAACAUGUUACUGUUUUUUCCUAAUCGUACUAAUUAAUGCCCAUUAGCAUGUUCUUGAAUUGAAGUUUGAACUAUAUCCAGUAUACAGAAUUUAAUACCAUGCUUUAGGACCUGACAUCUGACUCCUGAGGGUAAUAUAAGAGAAAAAAGUCUCUAGUGAAUCCAUGAGAGUGAUGUAGAUAUAGAGCCCAAGUCAAAAAAUGCUUAUUUUUGUUAGGUUGGUUGAGACAUUCAAUGUGCCUUUAUGUUGAAUAUAAAUCAGGUGCUGUGUGGGAACUAUACUUUAA